UCUCGAGUAUCCGAAUCGACGACAAGCGGCUGUGAAGCGUCGGCAAGUGAAGAGCCAACAUCGGCAGAGGCGGCGACUGAUGAAGCAGAUGAAAUUGCCGGGAAGGAUGUGGAGCAGGAGCAGCGCGACAAUAAGACGACCGUGAUCGAUGAGGGUAUCAUUAAAUUUGAUGCUGUCCCGUGCAUCGAAAACGGUGAUUUGAAAGCGAAAACGGUCACUCAGGUGGCAAAAGCGAAUGGCAAACGGCGAGUUCAGUGCAUGAAAUGCUUUAAAACGUUCUGCGAUAAGGGAGCGUUAAAGAUACACAACAGCGCAGUGCAUCUGAAGGAGAUGCAUAAGUGUACAGUUGAUGGAUGCGAAAUGAUGUUCUCGUCAAGACGCAGCAGGAACAGACAUUCGGCGAAUCCGAACCCGAAAUUGCACACUUCCGCUACGCAGAGGCAGUUUGAUUCUUUCAGCGGUGAUAAUUCACGCGAUAGCUCUGUUCCUAGAAUGGAUAAUAUAUCCUAUUUUGCCGGCUCAUCCGAAGAAAGUGUGGGCAAGUAUUCACCACUUUCACAGUCCAUUAGCGAUACCUCAACUCCAUCGGGACCGAAACUGACUCCUGGAAAAAAUAGCCAAUAUGGAACGCGUAAACGUAAAUGUGACAAGCCAGUUAAGCUGGCAGUUACUGGCGAAUCUGCGGUAAGCUACUGGAUGCAUCGCAUUAUUCGAGUAUUUUAA